AGGAAGAUAGACUCUUCACGCUUUCCGUAGCAUGUCUUUCCCCCAGCAUGGCUGCCAUCAGAAGCGGGGUGACUCCGGGUUGCCUAGCAAGAUGUUUCCUAAGACAGACUGGAAAACUGAGCCGAGACAGCCAUCCCCUUCAAAACAUUUUUAACCAUCGGGUGCUCCAGAAGUCCCAUCUGCACACAUUGUUUGAGUGUCGCAGUCCUGCUACUAGGACUCUGCUGGGCCGCAGACAGCAUGGGAAGUUCCUCUGGGUGAACGCCGUGGCAGUCAGGCACAACAGCUCACAGAUUCCUGAUGAUGGAAGCAUGGCACCUCCAGUGUUGGAAGCUUCUGGUGGCCUUCCAGUCCUGGAGUCCUCCCCCGUCUAUUUGCCCGCUGACCCUACCCCUAUCAUCGCACAACCCAUCACUGAACAGGUGGAGACUACAUCGGAGAUGCCAGUUGAAACAGUUUCCAUGGCAGCACCAUUAGUGGACAUCUCUCCUUCUUCUCCAGUCUUGGAUUCCUCCCCUGAGCUGUUGUCAGCUGACCCAGUUUCUGUUUUGUCACAGCCAGUCAUCGAGCAGUUGGCUGAUGCUGCACCGACUGCAGUGGAGGUCCUGCAGGCUGCGGCUACAGAAACCAGUUUAGCAGAGCUGGGAUUGGCCGGCCACACCCCAGUGGGGCUGAUCCAGAACUUGUUAGAGUUCAUGCACGUGGAUCUUGGUUUGCCCUGGUGGGGAGCCAUUGUUGUAGGAACCGUGUUGGCUCGUUUGGCUGUGUUUCCUGUCAUAGUGAAGGGCCAGAGGGAGGCAGCCAAGCUGAACAAUGUUCUGCCCGAGAUGACCAAACUCACUGCCAGGAUGAAUGAAGCCAAGCAGAGCGGAAACAAAUUUGAAUUUGCCAAAGCCUACUCUGACCUGAACUUGUUCCAGAAGAAGCAUGAUGUAAAUCCUCUCCGCGGCUUCCUAGUUCCUUUGGUGCAGGCACCAGUCUUUGUCUCUUUCUUCAUCGCACUGAGGAAGAUGGCCUACCUGCCGGUGCCCAGCUUGCAGACAGGAGGCCUGCUCUGGUUUACAGACCUGACGGCAGCAGAUCCUUUUUAUAUCCUGCCUUUUGCCGUCACGGGAACCAUGUUCUUCAUCCUGGAGUUGGGUGCAGAGUCUGGUAUCGACAACCCCAACCUGCGAGCCAUGAAGACAGUGUUCAGGAUCAUGCCCUUUGUCAUCCUCCCCCUCACUAUCAACUUCCCCACGGCGGUGUUUACCUACUGGUUGACUUCUAACUGCUUCUCCUUGGGUCAAGUCGCCCUGCUCAGACACCCCUUGGUCAGAGACAGGUUGAGGAUCCCAGAGAGAAUCAAACAUCCGGCCUCCGCCCUGCCCCAAAGUGACGGCUUAAUCGAUAGCAUGAAGAAGGGCUGGAAAAACGCUCAGCUGGCCCAGCAGCUGGAAGAAAGGGAAAGAAGGAUCAAAAAUCAUCUGGACCUUGCUGCUAAAGGUCCACUGAGGCAGACUUUUACCCACAAUCCUCUCCAGCAGACCCCGCCCAUGGCUGCAGCAUCAGCUAAAGACAAGCCAGCUGGUGAUAAGGCGAGGCCAUGGAAGGACACUAUUGGAUGAUCAGACUGAAAGCUUGACAGUACCAUGAUUUACUGUAUGUACAUAUUUAUGAAUGGAAGAGAGGACCGAGUGGGAAAGGAUUGUCAUUAUGUAUUAUUCUAAAUAAAAUGUAAAAUCCGCCUCAAAACAACCA